GCCCUCCACUCGUAUAAUAGAAAAAUGCAUUGUAUGAAUGAUCUGUCCUAUACCUCGUUUGGUGCAUUGUAGAUAAACGAACAAUAUAUUUUGUUUCUAAUAAUGUGAUUAUGUGAAAUACCAUUCAUUGUGCAGAGACAUGAAAUAGUACAUCAUCUAUAUAUACGUAUACAACCUGUUUCUAUACAAUUAUUUUAACGAAACCGUAAAGAUGGACGAGGUUGAAAAACUAGAGCAUUUGUCAUUGGUUUCUAAAAUUUGUACAGAGCUGGAGAAUCAUUUAGGAUUAAAUGACAAAGAUUUAGCUGAAUUCAUAAUCCACUUGGCGGAGAAGAAUAACACCUUUGAUAAGUUUAAGAAAGUUCUCAUCGAAAAUGGUGCUGAAUUCUCUGAAUCCUUUAUGGCUAAUUUGUUGAGAAUAAUACAACAUAUGAAGCCUUCCACGCAAGCACAAGAAAAGACAUUGAACUCAGCAUCAAAGCAAGACGAAUUAGCACAGAAGUUUCCUGCUUUGGCUAUGCCAAAUGAAGAACUCCCUCCGGUGGAAAAUAAUGAACUUAAAGAUGACGAUAUAGUCAAUAGUGUUAUGGCAAGUUUAGAGGAAUUGGCGCCAUCAAAAAAGUCUGGCGAAAGUAAAAAGGAUAUCCAGCCAUCGGAUAAUAAUGAUAAGAAAAGCAAGCAUUCUAGAAGGAGCAGAUCAAGGGAUAAAAAAAGGCAUAGAUCUCGUUCCUCUAACCGUAAAGAUAAAAGGCAUAGAUCUAGAUCCCGUUCAAGAUCGCGAGAUCGUUCUAGAUCUCGAGACAGACGACAUCGUAGGUCGAGGGAUCAUAGAAGAUCGAGAUCUAGGGAUAGAAAAUCACGUGAUCAUAGGGAUAAACAUUUCGGUAGGCAUGGAUCCGAUAGAUCCAGAUCACGGUCCGUGGAAGAAGUAUCGAUUGAUCCGGAAGUGGGUAAAAUCUAUUCAGGAAAGGUUGCGAAUAUCGUACCUUUCGGUUGCUUUGUCCAAUUGGAAGGGUUGAAACGUAGAUGGGAAGGACUCGUUCACAUUUCACAAUUAAGGAGAGAAGGACGAGUUGCUAAUGCGAGUGACGUUGUGUCCAGGGGUCAGAAGGUCCUCGUAAAGGUCCUUAAUAUUGGUGGACAAAAGGUCUCUUUAAGUAUGAAGGAUGUUGAUCAGGAAACAGGUAGGGACCUGAAUCCUGUUGUAGCUGUCGCUAAACCAGAAGAAGAUGAGAAGCAUUUACGUAAUCCUGAUAGACCUACCUCGCUGUUAGAACUUCAAGGCAAUUGGGACGAGGAUGAAACGUAUUCUAGGAAACGAGUACAAAGGUUAUCCUCCCCAGAAAAGUGGGAGAUCAAACAGAUGCUUGCUGCAUCCUGUAUAGAUAGGAACGAAUUGCCAGAAUUUGAUAUGGAAACUGGAAUUCUUCCCCGCGAGGAUGACGAAGAAGAGGACGUCGAAAUAGAAUUGGUUGAAGAAGAACCACCGUUCUUACACGGUCAUGGAAGAGCACUCGGAGACUUGAGCCCAGUUCGUAUAGUCAAGAACCCUGACGGUUCUUUAGCUCAGGCUGCUAUGAUGCAAAGUGCUCUUGCAAAAGAGAGAAGGGAACAAAAAAUGUUGCAAAGGGAACAGGAAAUGGAUUCCGUUCCCACAGGUCUCAAUAAGAAUUGGAUCGAUCCUUUGCCAGAAGCUGAAAGCAGGACACUGGCAGCCAACAUGCGUGGGAUUGGUCUCCAAACUCAGGAUCUUCCCGAAUGGAAGAAGCACGUGAUUGGUGGAAAGAAAUCAUCGUUUGGAAAGAAAACGAACUUGACCCUCCUCGAGCAGCGACAGAGCUUACCAAUAUACAAGCUCAGAGAUGAUUUAGUGAAAGCUGUGACGGACAAUCAGAUCUUGAUUGUGAUCGGGGAAACAGGAUCAGGGAAAACGACGCAAAUAACACAGUAUUUGGCUGAGGCAGGAUUUACGGCUCGUGGAAAAAUCGGAUGCACUCAACCUAGAAGAGUAGCAGCCAUGUCUGUUGCCAAAAGAGUAGCAGAAGAGUUUGGUUGUAGAUUGGGGCAAGAAGUUGGUUACACGAUACGUUUUGAAGAUUGUACCGGACCGGAGACUAAUAUAAAAUACAUGACUGACGGUAUGCUGCUUCGAGAAUGUCUCAUGGACUUAGAUUUAAAAACGUACUCUGUGAUAAUGUUGGACGAGGCGCACGAACGCACCAUCCACACGGAUGUCCUCUUUGGACUGCUGAAACAAGCCGUAGGGAGACGGCCAGAUCUGAAAUUAAUUGUAACCAGUGCCACUUUGGAUGCAGUCAAAUUUUCACAGUACUUCUUUGAAGCGCCCAUUUUUACCAUUCCUGGCAGGACAUUUGAAGUUGAAGUAAUGUACACGAAAGAACCGGAAACAGAUUAUCUGGAUGCUGCGUUAAUCACAGUGAUGCAGAUACAUUUAAGGGAACCACCAGGGGAUAUACUGUUGUUCCUGACUGGUCAAGAGGAAAUCGAUACAGCCUGUGAAAUUUUAUAUGAACGUAUGAAGUCCUUGGGUCCCGACGUCCCUGAACUGAUAAUCUUACCAGUUUAUUCAGCGCUUCCCUCAGAAAUGCAAACUAGAAUAUUCGAGCCAGCCCCCCCUGGCUCGAGGAAAGUAGUUAUAGCUACGAACAUAGCAGAAACCAGCUUAACAAUAGACGGGAUCUAUUACGUGGUCGAUCCAGGCUUCGUCAAACAAAAAGUGUACAAUUCAAAAACAGGAAUGGACAGUUUAAUAGUGACACCAAUUAGCCAGGCAGCGGCAAAGCAAAGGGCAGGUAGAGCUGGUAGAACUGGUCCUGGAAAAUGCUACAGGCUUUACACUGAAAGAGCUUAUAGAGAUGAAAUGUUACCAACACCAGUACCAGAAAUUCAGCGCACCAAUUUAGCAACAACAGUAUUACAGUUAAAAACAAUGGGCAUUAAUGAUCUUUUACAUUUUGACUUCAUGGAUGCUCCUCCUGUGGAAUCAUUGAUCAUGGCCUUGGAAUCUUUGCACAGCUUAAGUGCAUUAGAUAACGAAGGUCUUUUAACAAGGCUAGGUAGACGAAUGGCAGAAUUUCCUUUGGAACCUAAUUUAUCAAAAAUGUUGAUCAUGAGUGUGCACCUACAAUGCUCUGAUGAAAUAUUGACGAUCGUCAGUAUGUUAUCAGUUCAGAACGUUUUCUACAGGCCAAAAGACAAACAAGCUUUAGCAGAUCAGAAGAAAGCGAAAUUCAACCAACCCGAGGGUGAUCAUUUGACUUUGUUAGCAGUUUAUAAUUCAUGGAGGAACAAUAAAUUUAGCAAUGCAUGGUGUUACGAAAAUUUUGUGCAAAUCAGAACGCUGAAACGUGCCCAGGAUGUUCGUAAACAAUUGUUGGGUAUAAUGGAUAGGCACAAACUGGACGUUGUAUCUGCUGGAAAAAAUACUGUAAGAAUUCAGAAAGCUGUAUGCUCAGGUUUCUUCAGAAAUGCUGCAAAGAAAGAUCCACAGGAAGGAUACAGAACUUUGGUAGACAGCCAGGUUGUCUAUAUUCAUCCGAGUAGCGCAUUGUUUAACAGGCAGCCUGAAUGGGUUAUUUACCAUGAAUUAGUACAAACUACGAAAGAAUACAUGAGAGAAGUAACAACCAUUGAUCCAAAAUGGUUGGUUGAAUUUGCACCGGCGUUCUUCAAGUUUAGCGAUCCAACUAAACUUAGCAAGUUCAAGAAAAAUCAGCGACUCGAGCCACUUUAUAAUAAAUACGAAGAACCAAAUGCUUGGCGAAUAUCAAGGGUUCGCAGGAGACGUAAUUAAGAUGUUUAUUAUACAAUCUGUAAAUAAUUUUUGUACAGAGUUUCACAUUAUUUAUGAACUAGCCUCAAUAAAUAGUUCAUCAUUAAAAUGUAA